AUGAGAACCCGAAGAAGCAUUGCUCUGGACUCUGAAGCUGGACCCCUUGAUUCUACGUCAUUGAAUAAUCCAUCGACGGUGGAGCCCCUGCAAGUGAGCGGGUCUUCUCAUUCCAAAUCAGGUGGUCGCGUCAUCAAAGAUUCCGAAGAUGAGGGUUCCGAUGCCCUUGAUAUCGACACUGCCAUGGACCAAUAUCCAUCAGCAAGUAUUGAGGUGGUGGUCCCUAUCAAAAAGCAUGAAUCCCCAAUGGAUUCCUCUCGGAGCUCUCUGGGUGUUCUCUCAGCUGACGGAGUGACCGGUUACAACACCCCCGCCACCAGCGUGAGUGCAACAGAUUUCACUAAACCUCGGGCACGGGUCAAUGCAUCAGCUCGUGCGCAGCAGCUGCGCGUAACUAGAGCGUCCCGUGCAACUCAGAGGGGAACCAAAAGGUCGGUUGACGAGAUGGUACCAGAGGCCAUCAAGACCAUGGAUCGUUUCCAACUGGAUGCAGCGCUGGCUCGUGCUCUUCAAGAGGAAGAAUACGACCAGCCGCAGCCCACUAAAAGACAGAAACUUGCCCCAAGGGCUACUCGUGCAAACGUGCAAGUUAAGACCAAUGAAAAGGCAUAUGAUAUGUCAGAUCUGGAAAGCUUACCAGAACUGAAUGAUUAUUCCUCCGAAGAACUUGACUACAGUGAAAGCGGUAUUUCAGAUGCGAUUGAAAGUGACGUGGAUGAAGAGCUUGAUACUGUACCGGCAAGCCGGGCGCCAUAUUCGCGGACAAGACCAUCCAUCGUUCCUUUCGGCUUCCCGCGUAAUGACGAGGAUGAUGGAUCGCUACCACCUACCUGGGAAGAGCAACGGAAACUUCGACGUAAAAUAGCCGAUCGGAAGAAGUUGGAGAAGCAGCAUCCAAUUAUUAAGACCAUGUGGGAUGAUCUCAAGGCUGAGCCCAAAAUUGCCCCAAAGCAAGCAAAGCAACCAGAGUCGAUCACUCGUAAACUGAAACCAUUUCAGUUAGAGGGUUUGAACUGGAUGAUGGAGCAGGAAAAGACCGCGUACAAAGGUGGUCUUUUGGGCGAUGAGAUGGGAAUGGGAAAGACAAUCCAGGCGGUUUCUCUGAUCAUGUCCGAUUUUCCGCAACCUAAUCCGACCCUCGUCCUUGUACCCCCAGUCGCUUUGAUGCAGUGGGUAUCUGAAAUCAAGGAAUACACCGAUGGCAAAUUAAAAGUCCUCGUUUACCAUGGCUCAGACUCCAAGGUCAAAAAGCUCACCGUAUCGGAUAUUCGAAAAUACGACGUGAUUAUGAUCUCUUACUCGAGUCUGGAGUCCAUGUUUCGAAAGCAAGAGAAGGGCUGGGCUCGUAUCGGUGGAGUUGUCAAAGAGGACAGCGUCAUUCAUGCAAUUCAUUACCACCGGCUUGUGCUGGAUGAAGCGCAUAGCAUCAAGCAACGUACGACUGGUGUUGCCAAGGCCUGCUUUGCCCUGCAAGCCACCUACAAAUGGUGUCUGUCUGGCACUCCGGUGCAGAAUCGCAUUGGCGAGUUUUUCUCCCUGCUCCGUUUUCUUCAAGUCCGCCCAUUUGCUUGCUAUUUCUGUAAGCAAUGUGAUUGUUCACAGCUUCAGUGGACUGCAAACAAGCAAGGCCGUUGUACAGAAUGCAACCACACGGGCUUCAAUCACAUCUCGAUUUUCAACAAGGAAAUUCUCAAUCCAAUCACGGAGGGAAAAACAAAAGAGGAGCGAAAGUCAGGGUUGACGAAGCUUCGCCUCAUUACUGACCAAAUUAUGUUGCGCCGGAUGAAACAAGAGCAUACGUCGUCAAUGGAGCUCCCGCCGAAGAGGAUCAUCAUCCGCAAUGAAUUCUUUGGCGAGAUUGAACAUGAUUUCUCGCGUAGUAUCAUGACCAACUCGACUCGGAAGUUCGACACAUAUGUCAGUCAAGGUGUCAUGCUAAAUAAUUAUGCGAAUAUUUUUGGUUUGAUCAUGCAGAUGCGCCAGGUGGCCAAUCAUCCCGACCUCAUUCUCAAGAAACAUGUUGAGCCUGGGUUCAACAUUCUUGUAUGUCGAGUGUGUGAUGAACCCGCUGAAGACGCUAUCCGAUCUCGUUGUCGACAUGAAUUCUGUCGUAAAUGUGUGAGGGAUUACAUCCACUCCUUCGAUGAGAGUUCGACGGUGGAUUGUCCACAGUGUCAUAUUGCUCUUUCCAUCGAUCUCGAGCAACCGACCAUCGAACAGGCGGAAGAGACGGUGAAGAAAAACUCGAUCAUCAAUCGUAUCCGCAUGGAAGAUUGGACCUCCUCAACUAAGAUUGAAACUCUGGUGUAUGAACUUUACCAACAACGGAACAAGAGUCAUACCCCAAAGUCGAUUAUCUUCUCACAAUUCACAUCCAUGUUGCAGCUUGUGGAGUGGCGUCUACGUCAUGCAGGAUUCAACACGGUCAUGCUGGAUGGAACGAUGACCCCCGCACAAAGACAGAGGUCAAUUGAGCACUUCAUGACAAACCCUGAGGUGGAAGUGUUUCUGGUUUCUCUGAAAGCCGGUGGUGUUGCCCUUAAUUUAACGGAAGCAUCCCGAGUGUUCAUAGUUGAUCCAUGGUGGAACCCUGCAGCAGAAUGGCAAAGUGCCGAUCGAAGUCAUCGCAUUGGUCAACAGCGGCCCUGUGUGAUCACUCGGCUCAGCAUUGAAGACUCGGUCGAGUCUCGAAUUGUUCAAUUGCAAGAGAAAAAGGCCAACCUCAUUCGAGGCACUAUCAAUAAGGAUCAAGAUCAGGCUCUUGAGAAACUGACCCCUGAAGACAUGCAAUUCCUCUUUCGGGGUUCUUAG